GCGCGAGCGUGGCUGUCGGCGGGGUCGCGGGCCGCCGUGGCCGCCGAGGGCUCUGCUGCGGCAGCCAGCUUCGCCCCGAGCGCAGGCUUCGGGAGCGGGCGAGGUCUGGAAGUUCGAGCCCAGCACUUCCUGGCAACGCCGACUCCAGUGGCAAAAACUUUUUUUUUUUUUUUUUUCCAGCGCAGUUCCCAUGUAGUUUAUGGAGACAGGAAGCCUCGUGCCGACUGUAGGACGUUUGUGAGACUCAAAAGAUCAGUGUUGCCUAAAGCACCGGAAUAGACUGUUAGCGCCUCAAGAACCGGGGCUCUUCACUUCCAGUUGUUAUUAUUAAUUAUGGGGUUUUUUUUUUUGUUUGUUUUUUUGAGACAGAGUCUCACUAUCGAGCAUUCAUUGGCUGUCCUUGAACUAAGUAGAUCAGGCUGGCCUCGAACUCAUAGAUCCUCCCUGCCUCUGCCUCCCGAGAGCUGGGUGGGAAUUAAAGCGUGAGCCACUAGACCCGCUUCCUUCGGUUAUUUCCAGCUAUGCAGAAAGAUGUUCAACAAGCGCCGUGAAUGAUAAAAACACGUUAGGGCCAAGGGCUUUCCUCCCUGGGUGCUGUUAUCUUAGUUGCUGCCGCUAUGCCGGUUACUGUGCCUCUCAACUGCGGCUUGAUGGCCCUACGGUUUGGUAUGGGUAUGGCCGUUAAUCCACUGACCUCUAGCAAGGAUAAGAAUAAGCCAGCUUAAAACAGGUGACAGUUUUCGUGUGAGGAUCGAGUGUGUUCCAGAAAUGGAACCCUAUUCCUGUGACACUUUUGUGGCAUUACCUCCAGCUACAGUUGGUAACAGGGUAAUUUUUGGAAAAAAUUCAGACAGACUCUUCGAUGAAGUACAAGAAGUCAUUUACUGUCCAGCGGCAGUUUAUAAUGAUUUGGGAAAACGUCUUAAGUGUACUUACAUAGAAAUUGAUCAAGUUCCUGAAACUUAUGCUGUUGUCCUUAGUCGCCCAGCUUGGUUGUGGGGGGCAGAAAUGGGAGCCAACGAGCAUGGAGUCUGCAUUGGCAAUGAAGCUGUGUGGGGAAGAGAAAAUGUUUCUAAGGAGGAAGCACUUUUGGGCAUGGACCUUGUCAGACUUGGCCUUGAAAGAGCUGAUACAGCUGAAAAAGCUCUCGAUGUCAUUGUUGACUUAUUAGAAAAAUAUGGCCAAGGUGGAAAUUGUGCAGAGGGUGAAGAAUUUAGCUAUUAUAACAGUUUCCUGAUAGCUGAUAGGAAUGAAGCCUGGAUUCUGGAGACUUCAGGGAAGUACUGGGCAGCAGAAAAAGUCCAAGAAACAGGAGUUCGUAAUAUUUCCAAUCAGUUCUCCAUAACAACUAAGAUUGACCGGGAGCAUCCUGACAUGAGAAACUAUGCUAAGCAGAAAGGCUGGUGGGAUGGCAGGGAAGACUUUGACUUUACCGCAGCAUAUUCUUACAUUAACACAGCUUCAAUGAUGACUUCAUCAAGCAGAUACUGUCAGGGAUACAAGCUUCUGAAUAAGCAUAAAGGAAACAUAACUUUUGAAACAAUGACGGAAAUUCUUCGAGAUAAACCAAGUGGCAUCAAUAUGAAGGGGGAAUUCCUAACCACCGCAAGUAUGGUUUCUGUUUUACCUCAAGAUUCCAGCCUUCCUUGCAUUCACUUCUUUACAGGGACUCCACAUCCUGAGAGGUCUGUUUUUAAGCCUUUCAUAUUUGUACCACAUAUUUCACAACUGUUGGAUACGAAAUCCCCAACAUUUGAACUUGAAAGGCUCAUGGCAAAGAAGCCAUAUAUCAAGCCUGACAGAAGACACCUACUCUACCAAAAACAUCAACAAGCCUUGGAGGUGAUCAGUAACAAUAAGGAAAAAAGCAAGACGAUGUUGGACCACAUGAGGAAGCUGGAAAAAGAAGUGUUUGAAGAGAUGGAAUCAAUCCUCCAAAACAAACAUCUUGACGUGGAUAAAACUGUUAAUCUCUUUCCUCAAUGUGUGAAAGAUGAAAUUAAAAUUUAUCAGUCAAAUAUUAGUUCUUAAUGAUAUAUAAGUGGUCAAAAAUCUUCCUCACUGCCCAGAUAAAUGAUACAAAGCUACUUUAAGGAGAUCUGAUUAUUCC